CACUACAUUACCAACAACAACCACAACACUUACAACCACUAUGUUACCAACAACAACCACUACAAUAACCACUACAUCACCGACAACAACCAUUACAUCACUGACAACCACAAUGUCCCCAACAAAAACCACAACAACACCUAUAGCAACCAUUACAUCACCGAUGACAAGCAAUAUGUCACCAAAACCAACCACAACAACACCUUUGACAACCACGGAGACAACUACAAAUACUAAAACACCUAAAAUAACUACACCUACAACAACCACACCUGAACCUACUAAGACCACAUCUGAACUCACUACAACCACAAUACCCACAGUUAUACAAACAACAACCACUGCGGCAACAGAAACAGCUUUAACACUGAGCAAAAUACCCCUUCAGUUUUCUCUUCAAGUUGAUGGUCCAGCACCAUCUUGCACAGAGGGGGAAUAUCUACCCCGGUUCCUUCACCCAACACCACAUCACGGAGAACACCUGCAGGCUCGUGUGAAUGAAGAGCUUGAAAUCAGAGUGAAAGCUUUUGCAUCUUUUUCUAGAAUCAUUGAUGUCAUCAUUAGUGGACCACUGAACAGCACAAAGUAUAAAACCACCACUGGGGAAUAUGUGAUCUACUGGACACCAACUGCAGAAAACUAUGGACAACACUUUCCAUUUUGUUUCAUCGCAGAAGGACAAUACGGGUUUGAUAUUUACCAGUCUGAGAUGAGAUGCGUUGUUGCAAAGGUGAAUGCUGAAGGACCGGUGGCACAUGUAACCUGCACUCCAAACUCAAUGUCAGUGACAAUUGAGAGAUCCUCCAUCAAAAACCUCCAUGGUGACCAUUUGAGACUGAUAAAUCCGUCUUGUCAGGUUUACACCAACAGUACCUACGUGUUCACCAACACACUUCUAAAUGAAUGUGGUACUCAGAUUGAAGAGAACAAUAAUGAACUCAUCUUCAAGAAUAAAAUCAUUACAUUCGAUGAUCCCAGGGACAUUAUAACCAGAAAGAAUAAGCUAGAAAUUGAAAUUCUGUGCAAGUACCAGAAAAGAACCAACAUUACACUGGAGUUUGAUACUCACAGACCACCAAUCAUCAUCUCAGAAAAAGGUUUUGGCACAUUCAACUAUCAGUUUGAGUUUUAUGUUUCGGAAAAUUUCCACACCAGCAGAGGCUCAGAAUCUUACCCGCUUGAGUACGACGUGGGCGAUAAGAUCUACAUGAAGAUCGAGCCUGUCACUCCAGUCCUAAACACUGAGAUCUUCCUUGAGUCCUGUGUGGCUACACCUUACGAUAAUCCCAAUUACCCAAUCUCCUAUCCCAUCGUAAAGAACGGAUGCAACGUGGAUGAAACUGUUCAGUUUUUCUCAAGCCACCAACAAUAUGUCCAGUUUGAAAUGGAGGCCUUCAAAUUCAUUGAGUUCCAUGACCAGGUGUUCAUCAGCUGCUCAAUCAUCAUAUGCCAGGCCAACAAUCCCAACACCCGCUGCUCUCAGGGCUGUGUCAACAGCACAGUGGCUCCACCGUCCCACCACCAACACAAAAGAGAGGCUCCCAUCCAGACCAGCAGUCACUUCAUCUCCCAGGGGCCCCUGCGGCUAAAGAGGAGGGCAUCACAGGCCCCCGUAAGCCCGGGACUGAAUCUAAACCUCGUCGUCAUCGCUCUUUGUCUCUUGGCAACAGUUACCAUGGUGUGUGGAGUGAUCGUCUACAGAGUCAGAGGGCAAAGGAUGGGAUACAAACCUGUGCCAUCACAUGAGUUUUAGUCAUGUCAGCUGAUUUUUUUUCAAAGCAUAAUGCUUCAUUUUUCCUGUGAAAACAGACAAUUAACAAAACUACCAGUGUGCUUUCAAAAGUUGUGAUGGAAUGCC